UUCUGUGAUUUUUAGUAUAGCUAUGGGAAAGAGAAUCAGUGAUUGUGCGAAAAUUCUCAUCUAAACUGCACGCCUCGAUACAGGUUCGACGAGUGAUCGCGCGCAUUUUAUAAAUAUAUGUUUUUUGUUUUCACUGCUGGGGCAAAACACGCGGUAAAACUUGGUUACGAAUCGAGAGCCGGCUCGUGCACGUGCGAAUAGCAAAUAUAUAGACAUCUAUAGAUUGGCAAAGAGUGCAUUCUCCCGCCAUUAUUGUGUGUAGUGGUUCGUUCCGGAGUAAUCCAACUUUUCUUUCCCCACUCGGUCGACUCUUACUCUCUGCUUCCCUCUCUAGAACGCCUGCGGAGUUCCCCCACUCCGGGCGAAAUAGUGGACUCGUCCAUGGCUCGCUUCCCCCUUCCCCGCGGCGCUCCCGCGAUGUCUGUCGUCACAAUAAACCGAUGGGAUAAAAGUGGAACUUGUGAGAAAAAGAAUACUCAAAAUUUUCAUUUUUAUUUGAAAUUCAUUUAACGGUGUGUUGGGCGACAAAAUAAAUAAUGGUAAUCCGUUAAUAAGACGAUUUCGUUCGCGCUUUUGGACUGUUCGGGUUCGGCCAUUUUGAGAAUGGGGAUGGUCGGGAGGUGGCUGCGGUUACUCAAUGUUUACACUCGUUAUAAGCCCGUCGGACCUCGUGGAUCAACGAACAAAUGAUCGUGCCUUUCGAAAAUAGUAAAAACUUUUAUAUACUAACGAAAAAUUAGUUGAUGUUGUUGAAAAUUCAACGUUAUCCUGUGACGUGCGAGGCUUCGUUCAAAAAUUGUCUUUAGACUCGUCGCGCCUCAAUAACCAAUGAUAUACCAGCGGGAAAGUCACGUGACCGUCUCUAACCAAUAGAAAAUCGUGAAUUUGAAAUCUUGCGUGGUCUCUUUGUUCACAACGAGACUGCACGUCAACGUUGAUCCUCAGUUCCGUGAACGGGGGUCCCUGUGUCGGUGUGUUCCGUUUUUUUUCGUACACCACGGGUUUCGCCUUGCGCGCCUUCCUUUACUACACACAACACCCGCCGCGGGCCCGUGAAUAUCCGUCGCCGAACUCCCCCCUCGUUAUAUUAUUAUUACAUAUAUAUGUAUUCAUAAAUACAUAAAUCUAUCGUAUCAUAUAUUUUUUUUAAAUUCAUCGUUGAGCCGAAAAUACACGAGCAGUUGCUGAAAAACGAAGAAAUCCGCAAAAGGGAAAAAAAUAACGAUAAAUUGUGAAUUAUAUAUGUGUGAAAGUGGUGUUCGGUCGAGAGGACGACGUAGUGCUAGACUCGUCAAAACCACGUCGUGUGAAUGUUGGAUACAGAGAGCAGACACAGCACUGGGCUGGAUCAGGGACCUACGAGGGACCCUUGGCUCACGAUGGAUUACUAUCUCGGCACGGACAGUUUAUCCCUCCAGGAGAUGCUCGACGUGGACAUAAAGUGCGAGAUCGAGGGUGUAAUCGGUGGUCAUCCUGAGCUCGGUUUUAACUUUACGGAUUUGUCGCCGCUCGAGCUCGACGACGAUCCGGUCGGAUGCCAGGGGGACUUGAACGGAUGGUUCGGAGCGGCUAGUUUGCUCAAUGGAAAUAGCAACAGUUCGCACAGUAAUUUCAACCUUGACCUUAGUGGUGGAGACGCUGCGACGAUAAUGGUCAACCCGAACUCGGUGAUGCCGCAUUCGUCGGUUCGGAGCCCAACGCCCAGCAGUAACAACCCAUCGUCGACGGGAUCCUCGAGCACGAGAAGACACUUUUCAUUCUCAUCGAAGACCGACAUCAAAGAGGAACAGGUUGACAUCGAGGAGGAUCCGGAAACUGGUAACGACACGGAAAACGAACAGUACGACAACGAGCAGUACGAGAACGACAUCACGGAAACCGAGGACGAAGAGUCCGACGACGAAAUCGACGAAACGCCCAAAUUCGCAAACAGCCUAAAAUCCAAACAACAGUUUCAACUCACCAAUGGCUCGAGUAUUAAAAAUUUCGUCUCACACGUGACCAAUGGAAAAGCCUCUCAAACGCCUCAAAAGAUCAAUCCACUUGCACAAAUUAGAGUGAGAAAUUUCAAAAUUCUACAAGCCCCCUCGUCUCUACCCAAUAACGGACAAACUCAUCACGUUAGAAAACAAAUCUACAACAAUAAUGUCCACAUGAACACGAGCACAACGACGUUACCGGCUUCGAUGAAGAGGGACAUCGAUAUUUCGGAGUUCGACGAGAAACCCUAUCCGAAACCAGCCUACUCUUAUUCCUGUCUCAUCGCUAUGGCUCUUAAAAACAGCCAAACUGGCUCUCUACCCGUCUCCGAGAUAUACAAUUUCAUGUGCGAACACUUUCCAUACUUCAAAACGGCUCCGAACGGCUGGAAAAAUUCAGUCAGGCACAAUCUGUCGCUGAACAAGUGUUUCGAGAAGAUUGAAAAACCAGCUGGCAAUGGAAACCAACGGAAAGGUUGCCUCUGGGCGAUAAAUCCAGCGAAAAUAGCGAAAAUGGACGAGGAAGUAUCCAAAUGGUCGCGAAAGGAUCCGCUCGCAAUAAAAAAGGCGAUGAUAUACCCUGAUCAUCUGGAACUUUUGGAACGUGGCGAGAUGAAAUACGCGGGCACGGGGAGCGAUCUUUCCGAAGAGACGGAGAGCUCCGGUGACGAGGCUACCGAAGAGAGCACCACCUACGGCGAGGAAUUAGUCCACGGACACGUUGCCGCUAACUCUGUCACUGACAGCUACGACGAAAGCAGUCAAGACUGUGACGUCGACGUCGCUGAACACCUUUACGACGAAAUUGAUAUCGAGGAGGACAACAAAGAAGCUUUCCACAUGCAGCUCAAUAUAUCGAAGCAAGAAGAGCCCUUUGAGUACGAGCUCAGUCCUAGCGCUAAGAGACAAAAGACUUUGACCGGCACGCUUCAGGGUAAUUAUCUUUAUCAGACGGUGUCGACGUCGCGCAGGAAAACACCAUUGCUCGUUAGAGCGGCAGCCAAUACCGGUACUUUUCUCAAAAUUGAAUGAGAAUCCCCUCUCCCUCGUUGAAAUUUAUACACUCGCUGAUACACGUGUGCACACUUCAACGCGCCCUCGAAAUCAACAAAAUCCCCCUUUUAUAUCUUGAAACUGGGUACAACGAACAGAGUUGGAAUCACUGUUUUUUUCCGACAAUUCGUACGCUCUAGCAUUUCAAUAAUCUCAGAUUUUCCAGUCGUGAGCCCCGUUUGAAGCGAAAAGCAGACAAAAAAAUACCGGUACGUUCGUAAACAAGAUAGCGUUACACUCUGGGUGUUUGCGAACGUAUCCCAGUUUUUAUUCUUCGAAAUUCCCGGUAAUUUUUUCCAUCUUUUUCGAGAUAUGAGAAAAACAAACAGAAAUAAGUAGUUCAAGGGCUUCGCGCAUCUGGAGAUUAACGAUCGAAUCUUAAAUUAACGAUACAAAAUGUUCUUCCAAACAGCAGAAAGUUGCACAUAAUUUCACUGAGUCAUUCGUUACAUCCCGCGUCUCAUUGUCUUCGCUCUUGUAUCGAUUAAUCUGUUACUAUUAUCGAUAAUUCAUUUGCGUUAUGUCAUUAAAAGCGAGAAAGACUCUUUCGCUUUUCGUUUUAUCGAUCGUGUGCACUUUUUCCAUCUGUACAUCGCCGCAUCUUUGUCGACGAAAAUAAUAUCGUUUCAUACGAAUCAAUGCCAUAGUUUCACGGUUUGAGAUACGAGCGUCACACGAGACCAACUUGCGUACAUAUAUAUACACACAUAUAUAUCAAUUUAAAAUAAAAGAAACAGGCUUCAGGAUAUAGUGAGUAUUUGGUCAUUCGCGAAUGACCAGACUGAUGUAUUAUACGUUUUAUACAUUGCCGGACUAAGUAAAGAGUGUAAAGUUUUCAUUUUUUUCUAUCUACUUCUGUAUGUCUAUCUAUCUUUCUCUCCUUUAUUUCUUUCAAUUGUACACCUGACACAAUACAAUUAAUUUACUUAUUGUGCGUUAGACUCGCGCCGCAUGGAGUACAAAAAAUGAAGAUUAACGAUACGAAAAAAAUAAUCGCGAUUUCGUAUUUUGCGCGACGACGGAGCGAUAAAAAUGGGGAAGGCUGUAGCAAGAUAUGAAUUGUAUAAAAAAAAAAAACACUAAAUAAUCGUGGGAUGAUCAAUUUGUAGCAUAGAGAGUCGCGUUCGAAUUUCACGGACUCGUUUAAGUUUACGUGCGAACUUAUGUCGAUCGGCCAUAGUGUCAUCGAUUGUUCGAUAUUAGGCCAGUGCUAAAAAAAUUAUAUAUAUAAAAAAAGGAAACGAACGUGUAUCUCAUUUUUGGAGGUGAAACGACCAUUUUUCCCUGUACGGGUCUUUGCGCUCAAAAUUCCAUUUUUUUCUCAAAUUUGACGCAAAUGAUAAAAAUUUUAUGGAAAAACCUCGGAUGACAUGGAACGCUUUAUUUCGACAAUUAGGGGAAAAAAAUGUUCAACCGUCAUGUCAAAAGGUUCGGAGUGAGUCUCGCAAAAUUGAAAUUCCUGUUUUCGAAAAUUAUCAUCCCUUAAUGAGAAUUUCUUCGAUUCCGAUGAUUGGACGGUCAUGAAAGCGGGUUAUCUGGCAAUAACUCAGUAUUUUCCAACAACUUGUAUUUUUUUUUUUUUUUUUUGCGAAACGAAAAAGGAGCGUAGAGCCCCAACUUAAUAUUGGUUUACUGUUUUUAGAAGGCUCUCGAACUUGGUCAAGUUGAGUCUGACACCUACGGAAUUACUUAUUGUUAUAGAUACACACGUUAUCGUAGUGAACGCGCGCAGCUGAACAUGUAUUCUAAGGAUCUAGAAAGGCUCUCGAAUCGUCGAAACUCUUGAAUCGACGAGCAACUGGAACGCGAGGGAGAAACACCUCGUCUUUUUCUUUCGCGAUUCAGUCCGCUGGUUUAAUGAGACUCGACGACGAUUGGGGUUGUCGAGAAAUUCAAAGUAAAAAAGGGGCAAGGGAAGCUUCCGUCGUUUAGGCAAAAACUGGGACGCUCGAGAGCGUCGCAACGUAUUACUAAAGCUAGGAGACUGUAAAAUAGUUGUAUAUAUUUAUCCAAUACUUAAAAUUUCAGGAUAAAACAGAAAUAAUAAUACAACGACGUUUAAGAUCGUCGUUUAGUCGUAUUGAGUAUCGAUUUACCAGAGAAAAGCAUUUACUAUUGGCUAAUUCCAUUAACGAGCGUUCUGCGGCUUCGUUCGCUACUACUAUUUUUGCAUCGAAGCCCAAACUCUCAGGAUAAGUUUGUACGUAUGUAUGUGUGUGUGUGUGUGUAUAUGCGUGUGUGUGUACGUACGCGUGCGUUCGCACAAGUGUAAAUGUGCGUAUCAAUACUUUAUGGACGACCUUAAGGAGCAAUACGAUCGACGAUCAUACGUCGAUCUUCAAUGUCUCUCUACUAAAUCUUCACCAUAUUAAUCCAUUCUUUUCUCGUUCUGCACAGGUUCCUCGUUCGAUUGAGACCCCUUUUUUACUAAACGCAGAGAACUAAUGAGUGUGAGAAAAGGAUGGAUGAAUAUGAGUAUAACGAAAUGAAAAGAAAAAAAAUGAGGUGUAUUUCACUCACCCAGUAGUCAUAUUUCUCGCUUUCGAAGUGUACAAAGUUUUUGAAGAAAGAAACAAGAAAGGCAAAACAGCAACCAUAAGAUAUUUGCGGGGGACCAAACGCCGUAUAUAUAAUGAAAAAAAAAAGAAAAAUGAAUAAAAAAACAAACACAAAAUAAAAAUAGAACACAAGCAACAACAAUAAAAUUGCGUCGAAUUUAGUUUAAAAUGAUUUUUUUUUUUUUUUUCUUCAUUUAGCACGUAAUACUCGAAUUAUUUUCACGAUUAAGGCUAAAUCUCAUUUGUAUCUAUUUAAACUAUAAUAAUUACAACAAAACAAGAAGAAAAAUAUUCUUUUUUGUAUAGACACAAUGUUUUGUAUUCCUGUAAAUACGUAUAUUUUUCUCUUCAAUCUUUCUUACUUUUUCUACAUGUCUAAGUUUCAUUAACAAAACGAGAUGAGCAACAAACGAAAAAAUAAAAAUAAAAAAAAAACAAUAAAAAAAAACGGUUCACACCUAUACAUAAAAAUAGGAGAAAUUGCCGGUAGUUUAUAAUUUAUGCCACAUUGUUGAAUUAACGGAUACGUACCACCUUUGUAGUCUCUCUACCUUUAUAAAAACGAAAAGGAAGCCCUCACCAUAAGCGAAGUAUUCAUCCAAACAAAACUAUACAUAGUUUAAGUAGUUAUGUCCUACGUAACAUUGUGAAUUAAGUUUUAAGCACAUCUACCGAUUAAAUUGAAAAAAAAAGAAAAAAAUGUGUUAAAAAACAAAAGCAAUUGUAAUUUUUUUUUCUCGCUCCAGCUGAUCGAUACUUCACUUUUUAUCCCCGUGAAAAGAUACGUCUCUAUAUACUGUCAUCCAGUACACUUGAAUCGGUCUUUGAGACUUCAUGCAUUUCAUUAUAUUUCGUUGUGGAGCAAAAAUUGCGAGACUCGAACAUCAUUUAUUGCUGUACAGAAUUUUGUUUUUCUCUCAUUAUGUUUCAUAUGUAUAAAAGAAUAAUUAAGGAGUGACACCAUCAUUGAGACAAACGAGUGUUGAUUUAUAUAAAACGAAAGACAUGCGUUUCGUACCGUUGAAUGUUCAGUGCGUAUAUGCAACAACAAAGUAACUCACGCAGAGAGCUCUAAUCGUCAUUUUCUUCACCAUGUUAUCGCUAGCCCUUUACGGACUCAUUAAUAACUUCAUUUGUUGAAAUAACACGAUACGCGUGAGAUUGAUAUGUGAUCAUCGUCUCAUGCAACCGAGGUUUUCUUCUCACGAUCUCAUACAGAAAUUCUGUUCAGUGAUAAAUAAGAGAAAAUUGAAGACUGCCUCCAACAAACACUAUUGUGAUUAUGAGAAAUAAUAAUUGAACGAAUAUGAACAAUUUACUGAAGAAAAAAAAAACACAUGGAUAGGAAAAUGUAGUAAUCGGAACGUUUUACGUUGCUUCAAUUUUUAAAAAAUUUCGUUAAUAAAGAAGAAAACAAAUAACGAAAUACCAAAUGAUCCACUCUCCGAGCUAUUUCCGUACGCAUACAGGAGGCAAAUUAUGAUUUUUCGAGAAGUUAAAAAAUAAUGAUAUAUACAACAUCGUAUUUAUAGCGUUUGUAUUAAGAAUGUAUUAGCUUAAUUAAGGCGAAAUAGACAAACUUAGAUUAGUUUUUGUACCUGUUUGUAACAUUUCUGAAAAAUAUGCCGAUUUAAUGGUAAUAGCGCAUUAGCAAGUACAUAACAAAACGCAGAUUGUAUAUGUGCAAUGAACAUUUUAAUAAAAAAAAUUAUGAUAAA